AUGCAAAUUUCAUAACCUUAACUCUAAAAAUUGAAUAAAUCAAUAUAAGGAAGCAUUUCUAUAGGUGGUUACCUCUAUGAAAAUGUUCGAAUAUUGAAUUCAAAUGGUACUCAAACUGAUAAUUUUAUUGCUAAUAUUAAAGGAAAUGAAAAUGAGGAAUUUGUGAUAAAAUAAUACAAAACAAUAAAUGAAGCUGAACUGUUAGCAAUUAAAGAGAUUAAAAGACUACAAAAUGAAUAAGAACCAAAAUGCUUAAAUAUAAUUAAAAUAAUAGAACUUUAGGAUAAUAGAAGAAUAAGUUCAUUAUAGAAAAACUCAUCAAUAUAUGUUGUAUUAGAAAAGGGUAAAAAUAAUGUAGAAGAGUUGAUUAAAUCAAUAUCAUUUACUAUACUUUCAUAAUAAUAAAAAUUAAAUUAUUUUGCCUAAGUAAAUAAAUAUAUUAAAAUAGAUGUUAUAAGGGGUUAAAGAAUUGCAUGACAUAGGAUAUUUUCAUAGAGACUUAAAACCAGAAAACUUUGUCUAUUUUGAAAAUUCAAAUUAAGAAAUCUAAAUUAAAUUGAUAGAUUUUGGUUCAGUUAAAAGAGAUUCAGAAAUAAAUACUACUCUUCAAACUGGUACUUUUAAUUACAUGGCACCUGAAGUUAUAAAAAAUAAUACAAAUUAUGAUAAGACUGCUGAUAUUUGGAGUCUUGGAAUAAUUUGCUAUGAAAUCGUAACAAAAGCUGAUUUUUUAGAAGGUUUUGCAAUCUUAAAUAAUUUUAGGUAAUAACUCUAAAGAUUUCACGAAAUCAUUGAGCAAAUUAACUUAAGAAUUAGUAAAUGAGAGGAUUAAAAAUACCAAUAAUAUUGAUGAUUUUACAAAAAGUUUAUUAUUAUAGAUGUUAUAAAUAUAAGGAGAUAAAAGAGCUAAAUUAAAAAGUUUAAUUGACCAAAUCAAAUUGAAUUAAAAAGUGAAUGAUAUAAUUCUGGUUCUAGAGUCUUAAAAAAAUACUAUAACAAUGUUUAUAUCAUACCUAAACUAAAAAUUAGAAUACAUAAAUGAUAUUGAUGAAGAAGUUUAAAACAAAAACGAAAUGAUUUUUUUAAUAAAUAGAGAACUCGAUACAUAAAAUUAAAAACUCAAGGAAAAUGAAUAAAAAAAAUUAUAAAUUUGUUAAGAUUUUUAAUAAGAGCAAUAUAAAGCGUAGGAUUAUAAAAUAGCUUAAGAAGUAGCAUAAGAUUUAUCAGAACAAAAUAAUUUUAUUAAGUAAAUUACAGAAUAAGAAAUUUUACUUCAAAAGUAAGUUAGUUUAAUGGCUCAAUUAUAAUUUUAAUAAAAUAAUAUAUCAAUAUUUAGAUCAAAUCUUGAAGAAAAAUUAUUAGACCUAAAAAAAAUUAACAUAGAAAAUACGGAGAAAAAUGAUUUGAUGAAUCUCAUAGAUAAUGAGCUCUAAAAAUAAAAUUAAAAACUCGAAUAAAAUCUUUAGAGAAGAUUAGACAUUUACCAAGCUUCUUUAUUAGAGUAACUUAAAGGUUAUGAUAAUAAAAUAGCAUUUGAAGUUUCCAACGAUUAAUAAGAAUAAUUUAAGUUUAUUAAUCAAAUUUCAUAAAAAUAAAAAUCCCUUGAAAAUUAAGUUAGUAAUAAAUCAAUAAUUUAUUAAUAACUAGAAGAGAAUCAGUAAAUAUAUGAAGAAUAGAAAUUAAAUAAAGAAAAAGAAAAAUUUUACUUUUAAUUUACUAACUUACAGAACUAUUGUUAUUCAUUUUAAGGCAAUAUUUAAAAAUAUUAAUAAAGAAUUAUGCUUUAUAACUUAAUUUAAUAUUAAAUGUAAGGGUAAGGGAAACUUAAAAAAAUUAUAGGGGAUUAUGAUAAAAUAAUUUAAGAGCUUAUCUUUUUACAAUAAUAAGAACAAAAGAUUAAUCAGCUUGGGUUAUCUUUGUAAAUAAUUGAAUAUUAAUCUUUUUAAAAAAAAUUUUAUGAACUUUAAAAUGCUUUAGACAGAAUUAAAAAUUCUAUUGAUGAAACAAAUGAAUUCAUUGAAGAAAUUGAUAGCAAAUUCAUUUAUGAAUUUAGGAUUAAAAUAUAAGAAUUAGCCUAUAGUUUAAAUAAUUAUUGGGAAAAAUUUUAAUAUCUAUCGAAGAAUUAAAAAUAUAAAAAUAAAAUAGAUUAAGUAAUUAGUAAAAUAAGGAAUUGUUUUAAUAAAUUAAAUAAUUUGGAUUACUGGUUGACUAAAACAAUUUUAAAUUAUCAAUAUUUCAAUGUAAUAAUGAAUUCAAUUAAUCAAGAUUUAUUAGAAUUUCACAAAUAACAUGAUUAGUUACAUUAAUAAAUUUAUGAAGAUAAAUAAAUUGAAUUACAAAAUGUUGAAAGGAUAAAAAAAUUAACGAAUAUUGAAGGAUAAUUAAAAGUCUAUAAAGAUUAAAUGGAUACGUUAAAAAUUUAGAUAAACAAUUUUAUUAACAAUCAAUAUUGUGAUAAUCAAUUUACUAAGGAUUUAAUAAAGAAUGAAUAAAUAAAAAUCGAUUAAAAUAUGAAUUAAAUUAAAAAAUAAUUUACAAAUUUUAAAGAAUUUAAUUAAUUUACAUUAGAGGAAAUUAAUAAUCAAAUAAAAUAGUUGGAAUAAUUUGAAGAGAAAUUAAAAAAAUAACUUGAAGAUGAAUAAAAACAAGCUAACUAAAUAUAAUUAGAAAUUUUAAAAAUAGAAGCUGAAAAUAAAAGUAAAUAAGAAAAAGAAUUUUUCCAGUUAACUUAUGAAUUAUAGAAAAAAUAUAGUCAAUCUUCAAAAUCACUUUAGUCAGUUAAUAUUAAAUAAGGGAAAGUUCUAUAUUUAAAAAAAAUAUAGUAGAAAAGAGAAGGUUUGCUUAAUUAAUUAAAAUAGGAAAUAGAAACCUUAAAAAAUUAUUUGGAAGUGAAUUAAUCUAAUUUGAAAUUANUAUGCUUUAUAACUUAAUUUAAUAUUAAAUGUAAGGGUAAGGGAAACUUAAAAAAAUUAUAGGGGAUUAUGAUAAAAUAAUUUAAGAGCUUAUCUUUUUACAAUAAUAAGAACAAAAGAUUAAUCAGCUUGGGUUAUCUUUGUAAAUAAUUGAAUAUUAAUCUUUUUAAAAAAAAUUUUAUGAACUUUAAAAUGCUUUAGACAGAAUUAAAAAUUCUAUUGAUGAAACAAAUGAAUUCAUUGAAGAAAUUGAUAGCAAAUUCAUUUAUGAAUUUAGGAUUAAAAUAUAAGAAUUAGCCUAUAGUUUAAAUAAUUAUUGGGAAAAAUUUUAAUAUCUAUCGAAGAAUUAAAAAUAUAAAAAUAAAAUAGAUUAAGUAAUUAGUAAAAUAAGGAAUUGUUUUAAUAAAUUAAAUAAUUUGGAUUACUGGUUGACUAAAACAAUUUUAAAUUAUCAAUAUUUCAAUGUAAUAAUGAAUUCAAUUAAUCAAGAUUUAUUAGAAUUUCACAAAUAACAUGAUUAGUUACAUUAAUAAAUUUAUGAAGAUAAAUAAAUUGAAUUACAAAAUGUUGAAAGGAUAAAAAAAUUAACGAAUAUUGAAGGAUAAUUAAAAGUCUAUAAAGAUUAAAUGGAUACGUUAAAAAUUUAGAUAAACAAUUUUAUUAACAAUCAAUAUUGUGAUAAUCAAUUUACUAAGGAUUUAAUAAAGAAUGAAUAAAUAAAAAUCGAUUAAAAUAUGAAUUAAAUUAAAAAAUAAUUUACAAAUUUUAAAGAAUUUAAUUAAUUUACAUUAGAGGAAAUUAAUAAUCAAAUAAAAUAGUUGGAAUAAUUUGAAGAGAAAUUAAAAAAAUAACUUGAAGAUGAAUAAAAACAAGCUAACUAAAUAUAAUUAGAAAUUUUAAAAAUAGAAGCUGAAAAUAAAAGUAAAUAAGAAAAAGAAUUUUUCCAGUUAACUUAUGAAUUAUAGAAAAAAUAUAGUCAAUCUUCAAAAUCACUUUAGUCAGUUAAUAUUAAAUAAGGGAAAGUUCUAUAUUUAAAAAAAAUAUAGUAGAAAAGAGAAGGUUUGCUUAAUUAAUUAAAAUAGGAAAUAGAAACCUUAAAAAAUUAUUUGGAAGUGAAUUAAUCUAAUUUGAAAUUAUUUAAUUAAAAAUUAGAGAAAUUAUAAAAACAUUCUGGGAUAUGUGGAGAAUAAGUAAAAUUACUAUAAAAAUAAAAAAAUUCUAGUUUAGAUAAAAUCUAAAAAUUAGAAUAAGUAUUAAAGAAUGUGCAAAAUAAACCAAAUGAAUUAUAUAUUUAAAAUAUGGAUAAUAAUCUAAUUUAUUAAUAUGAAAAAUUAAAAUAAAAAGAACAACAAUUAUAAUCAAGAAUAGAUAACAUAAUUUCCUAAUCAAAAAAUUCAAGUUUAAUUCCAUCAUAAUUUGAUUAAUUAAAAAAAAAAAUUUGUGAUUUAUCCUCUGAAGUAGAUUAGUUAAUCGAAGAAAUUCCUAAUUAGAAUCAAAUUUAAUAAUUCAAAAGCUACUAUAAAAUUAACGUUGAAUUAUAUGAAAAAUUAUAAGCUUUAGUUAAUUAUAUAAUGUAGUAUCACUUAACAAGAUAUUAUGAAAGAAUUAAAGAAAAUGCAGUUAAAAUGAAGAAUAAAUAACAAAAUUUUCAGUAAAAUAGUUAUUUUGUUGCCUUUCAAGAUAAAUAAAAUGAAAAAAUGGAAUAAAGCACAUUAAAAGAGAAGGAAGCAUAAGAUUUAUUAAAGAUAUACGAAAAUAUUCUAUUUCAUAAUUAUAAUAAGAAGAUGAUUGAUGAAAUGGAAAAAGAUUAUGAAUAAAUCAAGAAGCAAAUUGAAAAUCAAGAAAAUCAUAUAAAAUAACAAGAAUUAGUAAAACUAAGGGUUGUAGUAAAAGACAAGUAAGCUAUUAAAGAGAUCAUUAACGAAAAAUAAUAUUAUAAGAUUAAAGAAUUUUCGUAGAUGCUAAUUUUUGAAAUUAGUCUAAAUAAAAAGUAAUAAGAUAUAUGA